AUGCAGCCCAUGCCACUGCUUCUGAGGCAGUCGCUUAGGUCAUCUGCUAACUUUGCGAGGACUUCGCUCUCGAUACGGCCACAGUUUUUACCCGCCGCUGGGCCGAACAUUCGACCUGCGCGAGAUAUACAGCGGAGCUUAUCGGUCUGUGUACGAUGUCAAUUCAGGGCGCAAUCACCAUUAUAUUCAUCUCCUGAGAAAGGCACAUCAAAAGACGACGCAGCUACUCAGCAGUCAAAGGAUGCAAACUCAACGCCGACGCCCGGCGAUGAAUCGCCAAAGGUAGAGCCGGAUGCAGAAACCCAACGGCCUUCUCCGGCCGCAGGAGAACAGGAGACUUUACAAGGGUUCGACCAAGAUGCAAAGAACGAACCGAAGCGUGAACCAGCAGAGAAGAAGGGACUACCUUCGUAUCUGGAAGAACGCCGGUCACAAUUGUCCAAACAAUUUACCGAGAUGAUGGACAACCUCCAAUCCAACGUUUUCGUGGCGGGCCAGCGAUUAAACGAUCUGACAGGCUACUCUGCCAUUGAGGCACUCAAGAAAGACAUACAAUUGCAAGAGGAACGACUCCGAGCAGCCCGUCAACGGGUCCGAGAAGCCAAAGAUGCCUACGCGGCAGCAAUAAACCGACGCUCUGCCUCGCAGCGCGAAGUCAACGAGCUUCUCCAGCGGAAACACGCCUGGUCUGCCGCAGAUCUCGAGAGAUUCACCCACCUUUACCGCAACGAUCACACCAACGAAGUGGCUGAGAUGGAGACCCAGGAUGCCCUGUCUGCCGCGGAACGAGAGUCCGAAGAGGCGGCCGCGCAAUUGAGCAAGAGCAUCCUCUCGCGCUAUCACGAGGAACAAGUCUGGUCGGAUAAGAUUCGUCGAAUGAGUACAUGGGGUACUUGGGGUCUGAUGGGCGUUAACGUUCUCCUCUUCCUUAUCUUCCAAAUUGCCGUCGAGCCAUGGCGUCGCAAACGACUCGUGAAGGGCUUCGAAGAGAAGGUCAUCGAGGCUAUCGAGAAGGAGAAAGCCAUCAACCAUAUCGAGAUAUUGAAACCUCAACCUGCUCUUACAUCGACGUCGCCCUCCUCGGAGGAAGCAGCGGAGCAAACAACUACUUCAACAACCUCUGAAGUCACUCCAACCAGCGAUGAAAACACCCCAGCCGCCACGGAUGAAGCUAUCACAUCCGAACCUGUUGUCUGGGACUCCGAUCCUACACCCACCAUCGCCACAAACAUAACCCAUGAAACCGCAACAGAAACGACAGAGGACAGCGCUCCCAAGCACGCUAUGGUCAAUGUCGUCGAACCCCGCAAAUCUCACCUCUCCCGCAUUCUUCCUCCUCUUCCUCCUACCUCCCUUGACUCAUGGCGACAAACUCUCAAUGAGCUAUUCAGCGAUCGCAGUAUGGCCAUUACACAGCGAGAUCUGACCACUGUCGCUCUUCAGAGCGCUGCUGCGGGUGCAGCGAUCAUGGGUCUAGUGAUUGCUUUGAUUCGGCCCCGAUGA